AUGGCCGAAGCAGAUGAUCUCGAGGUGCCCGAGACUCACGUUCUGGCAAUCGCCAGCCAUGCUGAACAAGUCCAAGUUAUGUCGGCAAUACUAUGGCCACCUUCUGCAUGCAGACACUGGGCUGUGAAGUGUCGGCCAUCCACACUGUCAACUACAGCAACCACGUCGCAUACCGCGCCUUCAAAGGUCGCAAGUCCACACCCGAAGAAGUCGCCGAUCUCUACGCCGGCCUCAAAGAGACCAAACUCGAUCACUUCGACAUGAUGCUUUCCGGCUACUGUCCCUCCGCCGCACUCGUGGAAGAAGUCGGCAAGAUUGCACGAGAGCAGAAGCUAAGAGCUAGCACCAAACCUGGAUCGUUCUUCUGGGUGCUCGAUCCAGUCAUGGGCGAUAAUGGGAGAAUCUACGUUGCAGAGGAUACUGUGCCUGUCUACAAGAAACUACUGAAGGAUGCGGAUUUGAUACUGCCGAAUCAAUUCGAGGCAGAACUGCUUUCGGAGAUCAAAAUUCAUGACUUGGAGAGUAUGAGAGAGGCGAUUGGGAAAUUGCACGAGAAGGGUGUACCGAAUGUGGUGGUGACCUCGAUUCGACUUCCGCCUACUACUGCGAGUACGCCUGUGCCUGGAGAAGGAGGGGAGGGAAAAUCGAGUCAACCGAAACUGAGUAUUAUUGGGAGUACGGCGACGUCCAAUGGCACGCCGAGACUCUUUCGGAUUUCUGUACCUGCGCUUCCGGUGUUCUUCUCGGGGACGGGGGAUAUGUUUGCGGCGUUGCUUGUGGCGCGGUUGAAAGAGGCGGCAAAGGAACAUGGAGUCCUGGAUACCUUGAGUUGGAGGAGUGGGGAUGAAGUGAAGGGACCUGAGCUGCCGCUGGCGAAGGCCACGGAGAAGGUUUUGGCGAGCAUGGGCGCAGUUCUGAAGGAUACGGCGAGGCACUACGAGGGUGUCUCGAAAGAGUUGGAACAGGGCGAGGAGUUGAAUGAGGGGGUUGGAGAGGAGGGACAGAAGGAGAGGGAGAAAGAGAGGCAUUUGAGGUUAUCAAGAGCUGCGGAAGUACGGGUUGUGCGGAAUGCAAGGGCGCUGAGGGAGCCGCCGGAGCUGGGAGAUUUUGAAGCGGUCGCGGUGGAAUGA